UAUUGUGAUUGGCUGGGUAUAGACAUGAGUGCGGACUACGAAAGUGACUAUUUUAUGCGCAGUCGCAAGGUGCGUGAUAAGCCACCGUUGUGGGAUUCAUUUCAGGAUCCACCAGCGAAGCGGACAAGUGGCUCUGAUGCCGAUUGGAAGAAGUUGCAAUUUUUCAUGAAAGUUUUCAAGCUUUUCGCUUACAUUGUGGUAUUUGGUGUGGUUUUGGCUUCCAGUGUGGCAGCUAAGCUGGUUUAUCUCUAUAUGGCUGGCAAUACAAAUGGCGCAAGCAAGGUGCAAAUGUGCAGCAAAUACCUUUUACUUGACGGCCAAGUGAUGGCAAUGCGCAGCAAGCUGGAACAAAUUGCCUGGGUUUGGGCCCUGAUCUUUGCCUUUGCUGCUCCCGAGCUGUUCACCUUCCUGCGCGCCCUUCGCAUCUGCAUGUUCAAGCGCGAGCAGCGACCCAGCGGACUGGAAGUGGCACUGGUCACACUCUUUGAACUGCUGCACGUCGUUGGCUUGGCGCUUCUUACCUUCACCGUGUUGCCACAACUGGAUGUGACGCGUGGUGCGAUGCUUGGCUGCUGUGUCUGCUUUGUUCCGUCUCUGCUCAACCUGCUGACAGGCACACGUUUGCAAUGGAAAUCUGCGGAUAUGAUUGUGUAUGCUCUUUCCAUUUUGGCAAUGAUAUCACAGGCUACCGUCUUCUUCAUUUGGCCAGCAAUGUCUGCGCAGCUGGAGGUGCAACUUCUGGCCAUUCCAUUGUUGUUGGUCUCGUUUCGCUGGUGGGAGAACUACGCCAAUACAAAUGAGUCAAUAGCUUACAUUAUUCGUACCAUACGCUUUACACGCUCCCGUUACCACACGUACCUAUAUCUGGCUCCUUUAAAGAUAAUAGUGUUUGGUUUGAUGGGUUUCCUGUUGCACGGCCAGAACUUUACGGAGUAUUUCACGCUGUUCUUGAAGGCGUGGCAAACGCACUCCUUAAGACUGACGUACUCGGAUGGGGUAAAGGAUGCGGUGAAUUUGGCAGGCACAAUCAAUGGCAGCUCAUUUAUCAAGCCGACGACAAGCACGCAGUUCUCGCUGCAGUCGAAUCCGAAUGCCGUUAUCUACGCGCUGAUUUUGCAGGUGGGCGCUGCCUAUUUGUGCCACAUUUUCGGCAAGUUUGCGUGUAAGAUAAAGAUACAAAACUUCAGCUACGCUUUGCCCCUUAGCCUGGCGACACCGGUGACCGUUUGUGUGGCAACAUUGCUGUCUCAAAUGCGUGCUGCGGAUUUGUGCUCGCUGCACGGCCUGAUGCCGGAUUACCUGACACUGCAGCCACUGGGCCGGGAUCUGCAGCACCUGGGCACUUUGAGCCUUGACUAUGCACUGUGGUUGUGGCCGCUGUGGUGGCUCGCCCAACUGUGGACAUGCCAGCACAUCUGGCGACCAAGGAACGACAAGAACGCACCCACCGAGAAACUCUACGUAUGUCCUUGGUACUGUGGACUGCUUGUGGAUCAGUGCUCCAUGAUGAAUAGACGCAUUCUCGACUGGACCGAUGAAUAUCUGGCCUUCAAGAGCGAUUUGACGGCACCCGGAGAUGCAAAAAUGGAUAUGGCAGCUGACAUGAAUGCUAGUCGUGAUAUUCAGGAGAAGGAUAAAAUACCGCAACUGAUUGUUUGUGCAACAAUGUGGCACGAGACCGAAGAGGAGAUGAUGGAAUUUCUAAAAUCAAUUGUACGCUUGGAUGAGGAUCAAUGCGCACGACGAAUGGCAAAAACGCAUCUAAAUGGUGGCAAGGCGGACGAUGAAUACUAUGAAUUGGAAACAAAUAUAUUUUUCGACGAUGCUUUUGUACUGGACGAACGGCAUUGUCAGAACAAGAGGAAUCCUCCGCUGAAUGAGUAUGUCAAGACCCUGAUUCGCACUAUAGACAAGGCCGCCUUUGAGAUCUAUGGGGUGAAUAUUAAAAUUAAGCCGCCCUUAAAGAUUGAAACGCCGUAUGGAGGACGUUUGGUCUGGACAUUGCCGGGGAGGACCAAGAUGGUGGCCCAUCUGAAAAACAAGGACAAGAUACGUCAUAAGAAGCGCUGGUCCCAGGUCAUGUAUAUGUAUUACCUGCUAGGCUUUCGCAUCAUGGAAACGGAGCAGCUGUCGGCACGACGCAAAGCUGUCAUUGCUGAGAAUACUUUUCUGCUGGCACUGGAUGGGGAUAUCGAUUUUCAGCCGCGGGCUGUGCAGCUCUUGAUUGACCGCAUGAAGGCAAUUGAUGAGUUGGGCGCUGCCUGUGGACGCAUCCAUCCUGUGGGUCGGGGUCCCAUGGUUUGGUAUCAGAAAUUCGAGUAUGCUAUUGGACACUGGCUGCAAAAGGCCACCGAGCAUGUGAUUGGUUGUGUCCUCUGUAGUCCUGGCUGCUUCAGCCUGUUCCGGGCCAGUGCUCUCAUGGAGAACAGUGUGAUGAAACGCUACACUCUCGUCAGUUCGGAGGCCAUGAAGAUGGUGCAAUAUGAUCAGGGCGAGGAUCGUUGGCUCUGCACUCUGCUGCUGAAACAGGGAUCCCGUGUAGAGUAUUGUGCCGCCUCCGAUGCAUUUACCCAUUCCCCGGAAUACUUCAAUGAGUUCUACAAUCAACGCAGACGCUGGGUUCCCUCCACCAUCGCCAAUAUCUUCGAUAUACUGGCCGAUGCCAGCACUGUGGUGAAGAAGAACAACUCCAUCUCCACGUUGUAUAUCAUGUACCAGGCCAUGCUCAUGAUUGGCACUGUCCUGGGACCGGGUACCAUCUUUCUGAUGAUGGUGGGAGCUCUGGUUGCUGUUUUUAACAUCAACAUAUGGACGGCAUUUCUUUGGAAUUUCUUUCCCAUUCUCAUUUUCAUACUGAGCUGUGUUUAUCUCAAGCAGAAGUUUCAGCUGCUGAUCGCAUUUGUGAUUAGCGCCAUCUAUUGUCUGGUUAUGAUGGCCGUGCUUAUAGGUAUCAUUGUCCAGAUGCUCGAGGAUGGUCCAUUGGCACCCGCCUCGCUGUUCUUCCUGCUGGUUGCUGUACAGAUUACCAUAUCAGGUUUAAUGCAUCCUCAGGAGUUUCUUGCAUUGCUCUGCGGUGUCAUUUACUACAUUACCAUACCCUCAAUGUAUAUGUUACUCAUGAUUUAUUCAGUUUUCAAUAUGAAUGAUGUAAGCUGGGGUACUCGGGAGGCGCCUGUGCUCAGAGAUGAUGGCGAGGAGAGCUCAAAAGAUCCGGACAAUUAUUUACCCGGUUGGCUGAGCGACUCCCUUCUCAUCGACUCCGAACUGGGCGAAAUAACAUUGGUAGAGCAACGUUUCUGGAAGGAUCUCAUUAAGCAAUAUCUAAAGCCUUUGGAGCUCAGCAAGGAGCAGAAACAAACCAUGGCAGAUGACUUGAAGGAACUGAGGAAUAUGAUUGCCUUUGCCUUUGUCAUGGUCAAUGCGAUCUUUGUGCUGAUCGUGUUUCUGCUGCAACUGAAGAAGGACUAUUUACAUCUGAAGUGGCCCAUAGAUCCCACUGACUAUGUGUCCUUCGAUAGGGACAAUCUGCAAGUUAGCAUCUAUAGGCAGUACAAAGAGCUGGAUCCCAUUGGACUAUGCUUUGUGAUAUUCUUUGGCUUCAUUUUGGUUAUACAGUUUAUAGCCAUGUUUUUCCAUCGUUUUGCCACAAUGUCACAGCUCUUGGCCACCAUUCAACUGGAUUGGUUCCGUUCCAAUGGCCAGCUGAGUGAUGAGGAUGCUGUCCUGGAGCUUAACGGCAGUGCCGUGCACAUUGCUCGACGUUUGCAGCGACCCAAGCGACUCUUUGACGACGAUGAUGCGGACUCGCAUCAUUACGAUGAACUGGAAGUGGAGCAGGACAAUCAUCGCGAGAGCAUGGCACGUCGUCAGACCAUAUUUAGAUUACAUGAGACGCGGAACAAGCAGCAGAGCGACUACAGUGAUCUGGUCAGGAACUUCGAGAGGCUUUUCUUCAGUGAGGACGAGCUGAACAUGAAGAAUCUGCCCCUGAGCCGCAAAUCCAUCAAACUGUUCCAGGAACGACGCUCUGUGGCCAAGACCAAUGCAGCUGCCACGCCCGGCGGCACGCCCACGCCCAAAGCUGGCACACGACCCCCCCUUGUGCCUCUGCUCACCAAGAAAGUGAGUUUCAUCAGCAACAACAUGCAGAUCUAUGACAAUGAAUCCCAGUAUUAACCAAAGGAAUCCAUCAAAUACUCUUAAAUGUCUUCUUAUAGAGUAUCGUAUCUAUAUACUAUAGUUUUGAGUUUGUAACCCUAAUAGCCCUGUGGUAAGAAAUAUAAUUAAUUGCAUUUAACUCAAGUGGCAA